AGAGGGGGAGAGAGAGAGAGAGAGAGAGAGAGAGAGAGCGAGAGAGACAGCGGACAGCAGGCAGAGAGCUCUCGGGAAACGUAACCACCACUCUAUCUUCCCCGCGUAAAACCAGAGUGUCUAGAUUGCUCUCUCCGACGGUGCCAAGUCUGUUGGAAGUCGACGAGGAGAAACCGUUGGUCUCUCACUGAACCAACUGCAAGCAACGAGGGAAAGAGAAGAGGACGACUUGUUAAAAUAUCAUCCGUCGGUUAGAUGUAAAGGAGGCUAUAGGGAGGCUCAAAUCUAACUUGUGACAUACUGAAGAAAAUCCGAGUUUCUCUCUCCAGUUAGACCCGCUACUGGGGGUUAACACAACGGCUCCGUGUCGACAUGGAUAAAGUUAGACAUUGGCUAUUAGCUGCUAUCAGCUUGCUGUUGACGGUUCGAGGAGAAGUCUAUAAAGGUGAUUGUGACUUUGGCAAGCCGUUUGCAGCCUGCGGGUACAGCCAGGGGAGAGAGGACGAUCUAGAUUGGGAACAGGCCAACACCAGAGAGAAGCCCACAGCAGACCCCUGGAUGCCAACGGAUUCAGCUUUCAUUAUGGUCAACACGUCGGGGCGUUUCGCUGGUCAGAAGGCAUUACUGCUGACUCCCCAGCUGAAGGAGAAUGACACCCACUGCAUCAUCUUCAAGUACUUCCUGUCUGGACGCGAGGGGGCGGGGCCAGGGCAGCUCAACGUGUACAUCAGAGAGAACAACAGUCCCCUGGGCAUGCCCGUCUGGAACGUGUCUGGGCCAGCUACUAGAGCCUGGGUACAGGUAGAACUGGCCAUCUCUACCUACUGGCCCAACUUCUAUCAGAUGGUGUUUGAGGUGGUGACCUCAGGGCGUCGUGGCCUGCUGGCCAUCAGAAAUGUGGUGCUCCAGGGCCAUCAGUGCAUGAACACCCCUCACUUCCUGACCAUAAAGGGAGUAGAGGUGAAUGCUGGACAGACGGCCGCCUUCCACUGUACUGUCAACGGACGACAGAGGGACAACUUCAACCUCUGGUUACAGGGCAUUGGUGGACGCGAGGCCCCUAUGAAGUCCACUAAGCCGUGGAAUAACAGACGCUUCAUUGGGACCUUCGACGUGGAGAACACCACUAAAGGAGACUCAGGACGCUACCGAUGCAUAGUCAACUCUGGCAAAGGAGUUGGAGUGUCCAACUAUGGAGAACUCACCGUAAAACAGCCCCCGGUGCCCAUCGCUCCCCCCCAGCUCACAGCGGUCGGCGCCACCUACCUGUGGAUCCAACUUAAUGCUAACUCCAUCAACGGAGACGGCCCAAUCAUCGACCGAGAGGUGGAGUACCGAACGGUAUCAGGGACCAUGUAUGACCUGCAGCCAGUGGACAAGACCACUCAUAAGAUAGGUCACCUGACCCCAGACACAGACUAUGAGAUCAGUGUGCUGUUGACCAGGCCCCUGGAUGGAGGGACUGGGGCACCCGGGCCUCCUCUCAGGGCCAGGACCAAGUGUGCUGAACCAAUCCACGGUCCCAGUCAACUAGAAGUCGUUGACGUCCAAUCUAAACAAGUCACUGUUCGCUGGGAGCCUUUCGGCUACAACGUCACGCGUUGCCAUAGCUACAACCUGACGGUGCAGUACCGGUCCCGAGUGGCGGGGAAGGACGAGACCCGGGAGGAGGUGUGUUACGACACCCUGGGUCGCGACCCCCAGCACACCAUCCACAACCUGACCCCCUACACCAACCUGUCAGUUAAACUGGUCCUCAAGAACCCAGAGGGGGUCAAAGAGAGCACAGAGAUGGAGCUACAGACGGAUGAAGAUGUACCUGGGGCGGUCCCUCUGGAGUCCAUCCAGGGCAGUGCUUAUGAAGAGAAGAUGAUCCUGAAAUGGAGAGAACCAGCCCAGACCUUCGGAAUCAUCACUCAGUACGAGAUCUCCUACAAGACGGUGAGCUCCUUUGACCCAGAGCUGGAUCUCUCCAACCAGAGUGGGAAGGUCCUGAAACACAGCAAUGAGACCAGCCACAUCUUCCUGGGGCUGUACCCAGGAUCCACGUACUCGUUCACCCUCCGAGCCUCCACCGCCAAGGGAUAUGGUCCACCAGUCAUCACACAGUUCACCACCAAGAUCUCAGCUCCCUCCAUGCCAGCCUAUGACCAGGAGACAUCUCUGAACCAGACAGACAGCACAGUGACUGUCCUGCUGAAACCGGCACAGAGCCGAGGGGCGCCUGUCAGUGUAUACCAGGUGGUGGUAGAAGAGGAGAGGUCUCGGAGGGCGAGGAGGGGUGCGGUUGAGAUUCUCCGCUGUUACCCUGUCCCCAUCCACUUCCAGAACUCCACGGUCCUCAACUCCCAGUACUACUUCACAGCUGAGUUCCCCGCCGUGGGGCUACAGGCUCCUCAACCCUUCACUGUGGGAGACAACAAGACCUACGGUGGAUACUGGAACGCCCCCCUACUGCCGCAGAAGAGCUACAGCAUCUACUACCAGGCUGUCAGCACGGCUAACGGGGUGGGUACCACUACUAGGGAUAUUAAGGUAUUGGUGUGGGUGUAG